UUAGUAUCAUAAAAAUUAGAUCUAGAUGUCUAGUACGACUACGAGUAUGAGCGACUGAUAUUACCAUUGGCAUUUUUGAAAUUAUUUCCCUUUCAUCAAACACAAUAAAUAAAAUACUAAAACAGAUAAUUUGACUGUGAAGUAUUUCAAAGGUUGGGUAUUAUGGAAGAUCAAAGCCCAUCCCUGAUUGAAAGUGACAGUGACAUUAGCAUUGAUAUAUCCAGUGGAAGUGAUUCGAGUGAUUCAGAUGAUUUUUUUGAUACUAAGAGUGAACCAGAUCUGAGUCUAUCUUCAGAUGCUGGUGAUAGCGAUGUUGACACUGAAGAUAGUGAUAAAGAUGUGGGUACCAAUGUGAAACAAAUAACUAGUCCUAGCAAUAUUAAAUCUGACAGAUGUGAUGACAGUGAUUUAUCACAAUGUAAGAAUGACAAUGAUGAUCUUCAAUCUGAGGAAAAAUCAGCUUUGAAAGUCAGUGACUUAAGAAAAAAGUUUGAACUAAAUAAUUCAGGAGACAAAGGGUCAUGUCAAAAGGAAACAAAUGAUGCCAGCUUCAAAAAAACUACAUUUUUUACACAAUUGUUAGAGUCGCAAUCAGUCAAAUUGCAACCAAGUUUAUUGUUGCAAAAAUGUUUUUCAGAAGCUAAUCUGCCUCAAACAAAAAAUACAAGUUGCAAUGACCAAGCCGGAAAAUAUGUUUGGCAAACAGUGAAUAAAGUUAAUAGUGAAAAGAAAGAACAGAUAAAUAGUAUCAAAGAAGAAAAUGAAAUGACUGUGGAAUCAGAGCCCUUGAAGAAAUCAAAUACAAUAGCAUCAGGAGAACCAAGCGCAAAGGAAAAAACGUUUGUUUGGCAUGGAUCCCAAAGUACUCCGGCCUUGACCAAGGAUAAACCAGGAUCGAAAAAUGCAAUCAAUGUAUCAGAAAAGAAAAUUUCUUUUAAAACUUCAUAUAUAAACUCAUUUGAAGAAGCUAAGACUACAUUUACUUGGAACAUGAUGGCUCACCACAAUAAAAAACUUACAACAGAGGCUGGCAAAGAUGCUCAAGCCUUUACAAAGCCAUCAGAUCUUUAUCAAAAUAACAUACUAAGACUUCAAGAGCAAUUAAAUAAAAUGCGGGAAGAAAACACUAAACUGAAAGAGAAACCUAAGCAGGUUAAGACAAAACUAGAAAUGUCAUUAUUGCAAGCCAGGCUCCUUAAGCCUUAUUUCAACACACAGCAGAAUGACUGUUCAGUUCAUUAUGUUGAACAUGAAAAGGCAGCUGUUUUAAUAGGCCUGGAAAACUUGGUGCAAGAAUUUCAAACAAAACUAGCCAAGGAAUUGCAGAAUAUUAAAGAAGAUAGCUUCUCAAUCUCUGGAGAGCUGUUUUCUCUCAUGAAUGGGGAGAAAGGAAAACAAUUUUUAAAUGACUUAGACCUGAAGGGAGCAAUAACUGUGGUGGAAGAUGGGCUGGUAAAAGUAGCUGCCAAGGAUAAAAGCAUCCAAACUCAAGCAUUGAAUAUUCUAAAAGCCAAACUAGAAGGCGAAAAAAUAAUUACAUUUGUGAUUGAUAAACUUGAUGAAAAGUUUAUAAACCUGAAACUUAGACUUGAGCAUGAAUUGCUUAUUAAUAUUAACUGCCAAGGGAAUGUUAUUAAAAUUACUGGGAUAGUGGAUGAUGUUGUUAAAGGAAGUAAAUCUGUCUAUGAUUAUAUAGGUGAAUUAGGUGAAUGUAAAUCUUUAUAUACUAAAGGGGAACCAGAAUCCAGAUUUCUAUAUUAUUUUAUGGAAGAUAAAAUUGAAUCUAUUCUGAAGCCUGUGCAAAUACUAGAGAAAUCUAUAAAGGAGUACAAAAUAGAUAUCAAAUUCAAAGGUAAAAAAACAAUUGUGCAAUCAGUUUCUCAGAAUCUGCAAGAUCUUCAGAAAAAUAUUAAGAUCACUGUUUGGUUAUUGAAAGAAGAUUUUAAGGAUCAUGAACUGUUUCUUAUUGUCAACAGUUAUCAAUCUAAAAAAAAUAUUGUUACAUCCAACUACAAAGAAAAAUAUUUAGUCACAUUGCAAAUACCAGACUCUGUAAAAAUGUUACCUUUUUACCAAGAAGCUAGAGGCGUUCAAAGUGCUAAGCAAAAAUCAAAUACAGUACAAUCAUUUCCCAAAGGAAGAGAGCAUGAUGCUUUAAGUGAUAAGGUGGUAAGAUUUAAUGUGGGCAAUAGAUGCCAGUUAACUAUUAAAUCUGAAGGAGACAUUACCAGCGAAAGGUCUGAUAUUCUUGUGUCUGUCUUAGGCCCUGACAUAGAUAUGAGAAAAACAGCAGUUGGUAUGUCAUUUCAUAAACUGUGUCCUAAUCAUUGGAAGGCAGUAAAAGCAUAUCAUAAUUCUACACCUCAUGCUAAAAUCAUCAUAGUUCAACAUCCAGAAGGGUUGAAUUGUUUAGCUGUGUGUCACAUCAUUCUUUCAACUUGGGACUCGAGAUCUUCCAGAGCUCAACUCACAGCUGCUUUGAAUUGUGUUUUAGAUGAAGCCAAAUGCCUUGGAGCUAAAUCCAUCUCUUUUCCACCUUUGGGCUGUGGCAGAAUGUUUAAGUUUCCCACAGAUGUUGUUGCAGACCUAAUGAUUAAAAGCUUCAAAGACAAUGACAUUGGCACAUUUUUGCAAGAUGUGGUGGUCCUAGCACCAGAAUCUGAACUAUUCAAUAAAUUAAAAAACAAUUCUGCAAGCUACUAUCAAAUAAAAAAUAGCAAUCAAAGAAUCAUGCAAAACUUGCAGGCAAGCUCUGGCACAGAUGAAAAUGAGUUAGUUGAUGGAAUAAAUAUUCAGUCCCAUGGCAGCACUCUGCGUAGUGUUCAAAUGCUCAUAUUUACACAGCAAGAUGCAAAUGUACAGGAAAUUAAAUUACAAUUGACCAGAGAAAUUAGAGAUCAGUUUUUACAGACAGAAGCUAUCAAGCAGCACAGCCUUGAAAGUUUGCCCAAAUCUUCUUGGAAAAAAAUACUAAAAGAAGCAAUAGAACACAAUGUUUGGAUUGAAAAAUUUCAAAAUUCAAGUACUAGAAAUAUUGAAUUUCACUUAACAGGUCAGAAGGGGAUGCUAGCUCACCUAAAAACUCUAAUUAAUCUUGAAUGUGAAAAUUUGACUAGUCAUUUGCCAAAGAACAGGCUAGCUUCUGCACAAACUCCAAAAAGGGGAACAGUGGAUUUCUUGAAGUAUGCCAGUGAAAGUGAUGAUCAUUUCCCAUCCUAUUGGAGUCUGAACAACAAUAAGAUUUACUGGCAAAAAAUAAAAGAAGAAAAAAUUGUUCACAAAACUGAUUUUAACAUACUGGUAGAUGUUGACCAACCUACACGAGAUGCUAUUACUAAUAUGUUCUUAAAUACUCAGGAUCAAGUUCAUAUAGGCCAUGGAGCAGAUGCCAAAGGUUUGAAAUACUCAAAGUUAAAAGUCCUAGAUGUAAAACGAGUUGAAAACCCUGAACUAUUUGAUAAUUAUAGAAGAGAAAGACAAUUGCUGGUCAAAAAAAUGAUUAGAAUGGGUCGCAUUUGUGCUAAUAUUGCUGACCUUCCUAAUUCAUAUGGAGAGGUUGCCACUGCUCGUUGGGUGCCAGAUUUCAUGAAGAGAGAGCUUUUUAGUGAAAUAAAUGAACAUUAUUUGUUUCAUGGGGCAAAGUCUGAUGCUAUAACUACACUUAUCAACAAUGGUCUUGAUCCAAGAGUCUCAAACAAUUGCAUGUUUGGAAAAGGUGUGUAUACUGCUGAGAAAUCAACAAAAGCUGAUCAAUAUUCAGAUAUGAAAGAUCAACGAGUUUCAAAUGGUACCCAACUACAAAUUAUAAUAACUCGGAUGCUUUUGGGAAAUGUCUUUUUAUGUGAUGAAAAUCACAAAACUGUGGCAAUUAGAGGAGGCAAAAAAUUGACCCGCCCUCCAUGCAUGAAAUGUUUAGAAGAUAUUUGUACAUGUCAUGAUCAAAUUCUAUUCGAUUCUGUGAUGGGAAAUGGCCGCUGGCUCUUCAGAGAAUUUGUUGUUUACGAGGGAAGGCAUUGCUAUCCUGAAUAUGUAAUUACUUAUCAAAGAACAUAAACAAAUAUGUAAAAUGUUUUUUUUUUUAUUAUUGAAUGACAGGCUGAGCCCAGUGGUUCCAUAAAUACCUUUCAGGAGUGACAUGAAAGAUAACAAUAUAAAUGUUACUUAUUUCAUCUUUUAUUAAACAUUGCAGAAGUAUUUUUGGCUGUCAUUACAAAUUGCAUCACCAUGAACUAUUUACAACACUUUAAACAUUAAACAAAAUUACUAUGGAUCAAGUUAUUUACAGUAUCUACUGUUUAUAACAAAAUGCUCGUAAAAAAUCGGUGUUGGACAUGAGAACAGAAAUAUUUUGGUAGUAAUUGUAUUCACUGGUUUUUAAAUAUUUCUUAGAACUGUUUCUUUUUUUUUUUUUUGUUUCCUAAUAAUGCAUUAUAGUAUUAUCUGAAUUUAGCUUUCAAUUUAAGUUAAAAAAAAUAAUCCAGAAAUUUUUCUUCUUCACUAUUGUCUAUAGAUGAAAUUUAACUAAAAGGCAAUAAUUUUUAGUUUUUUUUUUUUCAUGUGCCUGACAUUAACUGAUUAUAUAACUGAUUAAGUUGUAUUAAAUCUUUGAUUUUACUCUUAUUUUAUUAAUACUUAAUAUUUGAUUCUUGCAAUAUUAUUUCACUGAAAAUUUAAGUGAUGUUAUUUUAUCUUAUACAUUAUAGACAUUCCUUAAACGAAGAAGAUGAUUAUAAUAGAGCUGAAUUUUUUUUUUUUUAGUGUUUACUGAUGUGUACAGAUAUAUCUCUCUCUAUGUAUGUCCAGAUGUAUUUAGAUCAUUUGAACUUGUAUGUCUGCAUUAUUUUGUUUGCGUUUAAUCCUUCUUUGUCAUUAGGGAAGAAAAGCAAUAAUUGAAAGUCACUAUGGCCUGGUUCUUGAUAAAUCUUUUUAUACCCACUCAUUACAACCCAGAGGUCAGUCAUUCAAAACUCUUGUUAUCGAUUGAUUUCUAGCAUCACAUUUUGUGUGUGUGCUUGCAAUAAUGUAUGUUACAUUAAUUAUAUUUGCUUGUGCCCUACUGUUUAGGUGUUUAACUAUUGCUGGACAAAGACAGACUGACUGACACUUCUUGCAUCCCCUUUCUCACAUAGUCCAGCAAACAAUUAGAACUGUGUUGUAAUCUUUAUCACUUGCUAUAUUGCUAUUUUCUAAAUUCUAAAAAGAAAAGCAUUGUAUAUGCCUAAUUCUUUAAAAAGGAAAUACAAAUCUAGUACAAUUGGCUGCCUGGUCGUGCGGUUUGCACGCUGGAUUUAUCGAUGGUCCCGGGUUCAAACCCUGCCCGCCCCCAUCCCCCGUCGUCCUGCGGGAGGUUUGGACUAGGAAGUAAUUAUCUUCAACUCUGAACAUGUAAAACAUUUUACAAACAUUUUUACAAUUGUAACAAAAUAGGCAUUGGGAAAAAGGGAAAAAUGACAUGGCAGAAGAAAGCUGUUGCAGAAAAAUAUGGUAUUCCAGAACACUUGUCAUAAUUGAAGAACAGUGAGCAAAUAUAAAAUAUUGUAAUAACUUGUAGGAGGCAACUCAAUGAUAUUCACAAGAGGACAUUUCAAACACAAAGUAACAAUGUAGCAGCUCUUUAUAGUUCUAGACUUGGGCCAAACUCUGAUAUCUUAUUUAAUGUCAACAUUCCUUUCUAGUCUAGUUCUCAGCAGUGCAACUUUGGCAGAAUGAGAUGUCAUUGCGCAUCACAGAGGUACAAAAAUAUGCUUUACCCUAAAAAUAGGUAAUAUAUAGGAUAUCUACAUUAUUAAAUUAUUUCCUAAGUUGAAAUGUGAUUUAAACCAUUUUAUUGGAGGCUACUGCAUAUUACCUAGUACAUCAGAUUAAGCUCUGGCAUCAAAUGAAAGAAUACAACUUAGCUAAAUUUUCAAGUCUUCUUUACUUUUAUAUUAAAAAUAUGUACUUCACUACAGAUACUAACAUCAAUGAACAUUUGUUUUUAAAUUUAAUGUGUUGUAUUGAACCAUUUUAAGUUUUACAUGAUUUUUUUUUUUUAUUGGAACAAUAAAAACAUCUGUUUAACCUGAAAAAUAACCGUCUUUUAUUUAUCCCCAUUCAGUAUGAAAAAGAAGUCAUUUAAGUAUUACUUGAUGUAGCCUAGACUGUACUUAAGAACUAUUAAGUAGGUCUGUGUACUAGAAACAAAUAGAGAAAUAUAUUUAAAAAAUACAACUAAUUAUUUUGUAUUUAUAAGAAUCUGAAUAAAUUUGUAGUUUAAGGUGCCUAUUAUUGAAAUAAAUGAUGAUUGUGUU